AUGCGUUCGUCGCCGCUCCAAGGCGGUCAGUUUCGGCGUCCAGAACGGCGGGCGCUCUGCCUUCCGAGGGCCGGUGAGGGCGCCGAUCCCCGCCUGGAGAAGUGCGGAGGCGCCGCCGUAGAGGCGUUGGCGCCAACCAAAAUGCCAAAAUUUUUAAAAAAAAGAGCACCUGCACACGUCCACCGCAAAAUACUUCUCAAAGAGAACAGGCACCGCAACAUGCCCCUCCUUCAACCACUUCUCCAGAGGGGUCCGCUUCUCACGCUUGAGACCGCCAGCAUUCCACGGGCCGACCCGCAAAAAAGGACCCGGAUUCAAUUCCGCGUCUCCGCGCACAGCCGAAGAAGCUGCCAGUGA